ACGACUCCCAUUUUAUCCCAGCCAGGCCUGUAGCGAGGGCUCGACGAAUCUCAUCCUAAUCCGGCGCUCAGUACAGCGCCGGGCCUUCAGCGAGAGGUCGACGAAUCCCAACCUAAUCCAGCGCUCAGCACAGCGUCAGGCCCUCGGCGAGUGUCGGAGGAAGCCCAUCCUCUCCCAGCACUCAGCGAGCGCUUGAUUCCCAUCCUAUCCCAUCCAGGCCUGUAGCGAGCGCUUGAAUCCCAUCCCCUCCCAACCAGUUAGCGAGGCCUCGACGGACCCCAGCGCUCAGCACAGCAUCCGUCCCGCAGCGAGCUGUGGACACAAAAGAGGCCGGCCGGCUUUCACGGCGGGAACACCACCGGCAUGGGCGUGCGCGAGUCCGAGGUGAUCCGGGCCGGCGAGCUGGAGAAGCGCAGCGCCAGCCUUUUCCAGCUUUGGAAGAAGAAACUGGUGGUGCUGACGCGGGACAGCCUGAGCUUGCUGCCCGAGGGGGCCGGGCGGGGGAGACGCCCCAAGGAGCUGAGCUUCCAGUCCAUCCUCAAGCUGGACUGCGUGGAGCGCACGGACAAGUACGUCUACUUCACCAUCGUCACCACCGACCGCAAGGAGCUGGAUUUCCGCUGCGCCGAUUCCAGCUCCUGGAAUUCCUCCAUCGCCCUGGCCCUCAUCGCCUUCCAGAACCAGAGGGCCGUGGAGACGUUCCGCGGCCGCCGCCAGCCGCCCCCGCCGGCCUCCACCCCCUGAGAAGGUGCAUCAUUUGCUGGAGAUCACAUCGUGGAGAGCGCGGAGAUGCGG